CUCUCUCUCUCUCUCUCUCCCCUCAUCUCUCCCUGGCCCUGACUCCCUGUCUCUCUCCCUGUGUCUCAUCUCCUCUCUUUUAAUCUCUCCCUAUCUCACUCUUCCUAUCUCUGUCUCUUGCUCUCUGGUCGAGCGUUGUGAUCCGAGAACCAGCAGACCAGGUUCAUUCUGCGGUCCCUUUUGCUGUCUCUCUAUGGCUCCCUCACUAGCCCUGGCCGGGGCUGCCCUCCUGGCAGGUGUGGCCCCUUGCUCUGGGGACACCCCUGCUUCAGCCUCCCCGCCACCAACCUCAAGUCCCAAUGCGAGCCAGGAGAGCAGUUGCCCUGGUUCUACACGCUGUCAGCCCGGUGUCCUGCUGCCCGUGUGGGAGCCAGAUGAUCCAUCACUGGGAGACAAAGCUGCCAGGGCUGUGGUCUACUUCGUGGCCAUGGUCUACAUGUUCCUGGGCGUGUCCAUCAUCGCUGACCGCUUCAUGACCUCCAUUGAAGUCAUUACAUCCAAGGAGAAGGAGGUCACUGUAACCAAGAGCAAUGGCGAGACCAGUGUGGGCACCGUACGCAUCUGGAAUGAGACCGUCUCCAACUUGACUCUCAUGGCGCUGGGCUCCUCUGCCCCAGAGAUCCUGCUCUCAGUCAUUGAGGUGUGUGGCCAUAACUUCCAGGCUGGGGAGCUAGGGCCAGGCACCAUAGUGGGCAGUGCCGCCUUCAACAUGUUUGUGGUCAUUGCCGUUUGCAUCUAUGUGAUCCCACCUGGAGAGAGCCGACGAAUCAAGCACCUGAGGGUCUUCUUUGUCACGGCCUCCUGGAGCAUUUUUGCUUACAUCUGGCUCUACCUCAUCCUAGCUGUCAUUUCUCCUGGGGUCGUCCAGGUGUGGGAAGCCCUGCUCACUCUGGUGUUCUUCCCGGUAUGUGUGGUCUUUGCUUGGAUGGCCGACAAACGCCUGCUUUUCUACAAAUAUGUCUACAAGCGUUACAGGGCAGACCCCCGAAGUGGCGUCAUCAUUGGAGCUGAGGGGGACUACCCCAAGGGCAUUGAGAUGGACGGCACCUUUGUGGGGCCAGACCAUCACCGGGUAGAGGCUGGGAUCGGGCCAGGGCCGAGCCCUGAAGACCGGGAGCUGGAUGAGAGCCGGAAGGAGGUGAUUCAGAUUCUCAAGGACCUGAAGCAGAAGCACCCAGACAAAGGCCUGGACCAGCUGGUGGGCAUGGCCAACUACUAUGCCCUUCUCCACCAGCAAAAGAGCCGGGCUUUCUACCGCAUUCAGGCCACACGCCUCAUGACUGGUGCUGGCAACGUGCUCCGGAAGCAUGUGGCUGAUGCCUCCAGGAAGCCAGCCCUGCUUGAUGGUCCUGACGAUGAGGAGGAGGAUGGGGCCAGCCACAUCUUCUUUGAGCCCAGUCUAUACCACUGUCUGGAGAACUGCGGCUCUGUCAUGCUCUCUGUGGCCUGCCAGGGUGGGGAAGGGAAUAGCACCUUUUAUGUUGACUACCGGACUGAGGAUGGCUCUGCCAAGGCUGGAUCAGACUAUGAGUAUAGUGAAGGCACAUUGGUUUUCAAGCCCGGUGAGACCCAGAAAGAGCUGCGCAUUGGCAUCAUAGAUGACGACAUCUUUGAGGAAGAUGAACACUUCUUUGUCCGGCUGAUGAACCUGCGGGUUGGAGAUGCCCAGGGCAUGUUCGAGCCAGAUGGCGGUGGGAGGCCCAAGGGCCGGCUAGUAUCCCCAGCCCUUGCCACAGUCACCAUCCUGGAUGACGACCACGCAGGCAUCUUCACUUUCCAGGACAGGCGGCUGCAUGUUAGCGAGUGCAUGGGCACUGUGGAUGUCCGAGUGAUCCGCAGCUCAGGGGCCCGAGGGACUGUUCGACUGCCCUAUCGCACAGUGGAGGGCACGGCUCGUGGUGGGGGUGUCCACUAUGAGGAUGCCUGCGGGGAGCUCGAGUUUGGAGACGACGAGACCAUGAAGACUCUCCAAGUGAAGAUAGUAGAUGAUGAGGAGUACGAGAAGAAGGACAACUUCUUCAUCGAGCUGGGACAACCCCAGUGGCUGAAACGAGGGAUCUCAGCUCUCCUGCUCAAUCAGGGGGAUGGAGACCGAAAACUGACUGCAGAAGAAGAGGAGGCCCGGAGAAUUGCAGAGAUGGGGAAGCCGGUCCUGGGUGAGAACUGCCGCCUCGAAGUCAUCAUCGAAGAAUCUUAUGAUUUUAAGAACACAGUGGACAAGCUCAUUAAGAAAACAAACUUGGCUCUGGUGAUUGGUACUCACUCAUGGAGGGAGCAGUUUCUAGAAGCCAUCACCGUCAGUGCAGGGGAUGAGGAAGAGGAGGAGGAUGGGACGAGGGAAGAGCGGCUUCCCUCCUGCUUCGACUACGUGAUGCACUUCCUGACUGUCUUCUGGAAGGUGCUUUUUGCUUGCGUCCCCCCAACUGAGUACUGCCAUGGCUGGGCCUGCUUUGGAGUCUCCAUCUUGGUCAUUGGGCUCUUGACUGCCCUCAUUGGUGACCUGGCUUCCCACUUUGGCUGCACAGUUGGCCUCAAGGACUCUGUUAACGCAGUGGUCUUUGUGGCCCUUGGGACGUCCAUCCCAGACACGUUUGCCAGCAAGGUGGCGGCCCUGCAGGACCAGUGCGCUGACGCUUCCAUCGGCAACGUGACUGGAUCCAACGCUGUGAACGUCUUCCUGGGCCUGGGCGUAGCCUGGUCGGUGGCCGCUGUCUACUGGGCGGCCCAGGGCCGGGCCUUUGAGGUGCAGGCUGGAGCCCUGGCCUUCUCCGUCACACUCUUCACCAUCUUUGCUUUUGUGGCCGUCUCCGUGCUGCUGUACCGCCGGCGGCCCCACAUUGGGGGCGAGCUGGGGGGGCCCCGGGGGCCCAAACUGGCCACAACAGCCCUCUUCCUGGGCCUCUGGCUGCUCUACAUCCUCUUUGCCAGCCUGGAGGCCUACUGCCACAUCAGAGGCUUCUAGAAGAUGCGGCUGCCCCACCUCCGGGCAGCCCUCCUGCCCUGCCCGUCCUAAGGAUCUAUGACCACACCCAGGGCUCCUGGGGGGGUGGCGUAUCCAAUCCCAGGGAGCCCUCUCCCUUCUCCCUUCCUAAGGAUAUUGCCAUACCCUCCACCCCCUGCUUCUAGGCUGGGAUGCCUACCCCAAGCUCCAGAGAUAGCGCCUCCUCUGACAAGCCUUCCCAGCCUUCCUGACCGGAAGAGCUACUGCCGCAGCUGGGCACUGCCCAGAGUUCCCCUUCCCCUCCCCGCUCCUCCCCAAGGCUGCCACUUGCAGGGAGAUCUCCCUGUCCUCAGAAUACUGCCAGGCUUGGGCUCCCAGGCCACCCCGCCCACCAAGGCCGCUCGACCUCCCCUUCCUGACAAUCUCCCGUCACACCCAUGGCUUCCAGCCCCCCCUCCAUGGCCUGCUCCCCUCCCAGGCACCACCUCCAGGGAGCUCUGCUGUCUUAGUCCAAGAAUCUACUGCCAUCCACUAAGUCUUCUGGGGAUGCUCAUUCAGAGAGUGCAUCUAAUGGCUCCCGGAGGGCCCAGAAGCUCCUUCCCCCAAGGACCCCCCUUCCAAAGAGUCACGUUCCCCCCUCUCACCAGCCUUAGAGCCUCUUGCCAUAGCCCCAAGGUUUCUGGGAACGCUCUUGGGGCUGCCUUCUCUGGAGAGUUCCCCAGCUCCUCAGCUCCCUGCUCCUGCCCUGUUCUGGCUCCUUGGGCCCCACUCCCAUUCCUUAGCCUGUCAAUGCCUCUCCUGGUGGGGUGGACAGAGCCCCCAUGCCCAAAAUCAGGAGAACUGGGUUCUAGUCCCCUCAAACUCCAUAUGUGACCUGGGGCAAGUCUUUUUUCCCCUCUGGGUCAUGGUUUCCCUCCACUGUCGAAUGGGAGAGGGGAUUGAGGGGACUCUCCUUAUCUGGCCCCUGCCCUGCUCAGGCCAGGGCAGAAGAGGCAUGACUCGGGCCCCUUGACACCUGGGGAUUGGAAUGCAUUUUGCACCUGCAACUUUGAACAUUCCAGCAGCCCCUGCUUGUCCUGCUACCUCUGGGCCCCGGCUGGGAACGGGAGAGGGGUGCAGGGGUGGGGGGGUGUAUAUAG